GAUAACAAACAGUUCAAUAGGUACUUACUCAGCAGGUGGUCUCCCUGAAGUGCAAGUGGGCAUAAUAAGAGUUAAUAACAAAAAUAUUACGCAAACUUUAACAAAAAACAGUUUUCAUAAAACCGAUUACAGCUUAAAAUCUAAAUUAAUUUUCAUUAAUUCAUAUUUAUGGUUGAAAAUAUGAGCGACUGGGAGAACAAUAAGGAGAUACAGUUGUUUCGCGAAUAUUUGCGGAUACCCAGCGUUCAUCCAAAUGUAGAUUACACACCCUGUGUGGACUUUUUGAAAAAGCAAGCCAAAGAUUUGGGUCUACCUGUACAAAUAUGCUACCCAGGCGGUCCUACCAAGCCCAUAGUAAUUAUGACAUGGCUGGGCAAACAACCUGAACUACCAACAAUUAUGCUCAAUUCGCAUAUGGAUGUGGUACCGGUUCAUCCAGAAAACUGGACGCAUCCACCUUUUGCUGCCGAGAUAGACGAGCAAGGUCGCAUAUUUGCGCGUGGAUCACAGGAUAUAAAAUGUUUGGGCAUGCAGUACUUGGCAGCUAUACGAGCGCUUAAAAGGAAAGGCGCGACAUUCAAACGAACUAUACAUGUCACCUUUGUGCCCGAUGAGGAAAUAAGUGGAAUUCUGGGCAUGAAAUGUUUCGUACACACCGAAGAUUUUCGAAAACUGAAUGUCGGUUUUUGUUUGGACGAAGGCGUAGUGAAUGUAAACGAUGAAUAUGCCGUAUAUUAUGCGCAAAAGACUAUUUGGUAUGUUAAUUUCACUAUAAGUGGCACAACGGGACAUGGAUCCUUGUUGCAUAAAAAUACAGCUGCUGAAAAAUUCCAAUAUAUUCUCGGUAAAAUGUUGGAGCUAAGAAAAAAAGCGGAAAAUCUGUUAAACAGCGAUCCCUCGCUAGAUCUGGGUAAUGUGAGCACUGUUAAUUUGACAGUAGUGAAAGGUGGCCUGCAGAACAAUGUCAUACCACCUGUGAUUGAGGCAACUUUCGAUCUACGCUUGGGUAUCGAAGAAGAUCUUGAAGCGCUACAAAAGCAGCUCGAAGCUUGGUGUGAAGAAGCUGGCGGCGAUAUAACGAUCAAGUUCCCUACUCAAGACAAAAAAACUCCGCCCACGGUUAUAGAUGAAACCAAUCUUUAUUGGGUUGCUAUGCAAAAUGCGUUGGAAAAACUUGGGUUGAAAGUGCGUACCGCAGUGCUGCCCGGUGUCACAGACGGUCGAUACGUGCGUCAAAUGAAUAUACCAACUUUGUGUUUCUGUCCGAUGGCGAAUACGCCGAUUCUACUGCACGCUCAUGAUGAGUAUUUGCAGGCUGACAUAUUUUUGAAGGGCAUAGAAAUAUUCGAAAAUGUAUUGCCGGCCAUUGCUAAUGCUUAAACUAAAUCUAAUAAAGGUAUAAAAAAUAUUUUCAACAAAAUGUUGCCUUUUAAAAUAAAUGUAAAGAGUUGUAAAGAA